AUGUCUGGUCUUCCCCCUGUUUACAUUGUUUCUGCCGCCAGAACCCCCGUUGGUUCUUUCCUUGGCUCCCUCUCCAGCUUGAGCGCUACUCAGCUCGGCUCAACUGCUAUCAAGGGUGCCGUUGAACGUGCUGGCAUCAAGCCUGAGGAUGUUGAAGAGGUCUUCUUCGGAAAUGUCCUGUCUGCUGGCCUUGGCCAAGCCCCUGCCCGCCAGUGUGCCAUUGGCGCUGGUCUCCCCAACAGCACCAUCUCCACCACGGUGAACAAGGUCUGCGCAUCCGGUCUCAAGGCCAUCAUCCUCGGAGCUCAGAACAUCAUGCUCGGAACCUCGGACGUGGUUGUUGCUGGCGGCACCGAGUCCAUGUCCAACACCCCCCACUACCUCCCUAACCUUCGCACCGGCGCCAAGUACGGCGAUCAGACUCUCGUCGACGGCGUCCUCAAGGACGGUUUGACCGACGCGUACAAGAAGGAGCACAUGGGUCUGCAGGGCGAGCUGUGCGCCAGCGACAACGACCUCUCCCGUGAGGCGCAGGACGAAUACGCCAUCAAGUCCUACCAAAAGGCUCAGGCUGCCACCGAAGCCGGUCUCUUCAAGGAGAUUGUCCCGGUCGAGGUGUCCGGCGGCAGGGGCAAGCCUCCCAUCAAGGUUGAACGCGAUGACGAGGUCAAGAACCUGAACGUCGACAAGCUCAAGGCCAUGCGCCCGGCGUUCAAGUCCGACGGCUCCAUCACCGCUCCCAACGCCGCCCCCAUCAACGACGGCGCCGCUGCCGUGGUGCUCAUGUCCGAGGCCAAGGUCAAGGAGCUCGGUGUUAAGCCGAUUGCCAAGAUUCUCGGCUGGGGCGACGCCGAGCGUGAGCCGGAGCGCUUCACCGUUGCUCCGUCGUUGGCUAUUCCCAAGGCCAUCAAGCACGCUGGCCUGACCGACAAGGACAUUGAGUUCUACGAGAUCAACGAGGCUUUCUCCGUUGUUGCCCUCGCCAACAUCAAGCUCCUUGGUCUCGAUGCCGACAAGGUCAACGUCUAUGGUGGCUCAGUCGCCAUCGGUCACCCGCUGGGCUGCUCUGGCGCUCGUAUCAUUACCACCUUGACUUCUGUGCUCAAGGAGAAGGGUGCCAAGAUUGGUUGUGCUGGUAUCUGCAAUGGCGGCGGCGGUGCUUCCGCCCUGGUUAUUGAGAAUCUGCAAUGA